UUCGCUUUCCCCUCAGUCAGUAGCCCGCCGGCCGUUCUGAGGGGAGGUUCUGUGCGGUGCCUCUCGCGCUCCCGUCGCUGUGAGAAACCAGAGGAGGCGCCACGCUUGGCAGGUGGGCCAAGGGCGGCUAUUAUGCCAUCUCGAGCCCAGCUGGAGGGAAGCGCCAGUGCCACAACUUCUCGGCAGAUGGUGACAGGUGGUUGACAGUGCCAUCUCUCUCGCGCGCGUGUGUUUGUGUGCAGCGAGCGACGUUUUAGAAAAGGGGAAAGGAAAGCAAAUCGAAAGAGAGAGAGAGGACUCUGGCACAGGUGAUUCGGACGUGCAAGAGAGAGAGAAAGAGAAGGACAAACAGACAGACCGACAGAGAGAGAGAGAGAGAGAGAGAGAGAGAGAGAGAGAGAGAGAGAGAGAGAGAGAGAGAGAGAGAGAGAGAGAGAGAGACAGACAGACAGACAGACAGACAGACAAACAGACAGAGAAACAGAGAGAAAAAGAAAAAGAAAAAAAAGGAAACAGAAGUAAAGAGUAACAAAGAAAGAGAGAAAUAUAGAAGCAGAGAAACAGAGAGAGAGAGAGAGGAAGAAGCAUUUCUCACCCACGUGAUUCUGCCGGGUUCGGGCGUGGAUAUCUCAGCGUCGCCGAAGACUAUACCCUCUUUGUUCCCUCUUCUGGUCCCCUGGGAAAAAGACGCCCCAAAGAGGAAGUUGCGUGAGUGCGGUCUGUUCAAGAGGCCUCUUGGAGUGACCCCCCCCUCUUUGUCCUCUUUGUCUUCCGGGGCAGCGAGCGAGGGGCCUAGGCACUUGACUCGCUAGUCGUGUCUGACAGAUAACGAAGCCGCGACUUUGUGCUCGAUUUGAUUGAUCAUUAUUAAAAAAAAAGAAAGAAAGAAAGAAAAAAAAGGUGCUUCCGCGCGUGUAUCUGUGCCUCAUCAUCUGUGACCGAAUUCUUCAAGGAGGAGGAAGAGGAGGGAAUAGAAAAGGGGUUAAGGACGGGGAGAGUAAAAGGAAGAAGGGCAAGAGAUCCGUUAUCUCUGCCUACCUCUUUCCUAACCCUAUCCCACCCCCCUCCCACCCCUCCAUCCUGCGCUGCCCUCCCUCCUCCCGACGUCUCCACCCCCAGACUCCGCCAUCUCCAAACUUCACGGGCCGAGCAGGUGUCUCAGAUGCGUGAGUCCCGACCAUGAGGAAGUCGCUGCGAUGGCUCGUGUGCGCGACCGGCUGGAUCGGCAUCACGUACAUCUUCUUCCUGGGCUUCGUCACCCUCGUCAGCCUCACGGACCCCAGCGUCAUGCACAACUACCAGGCGGCCAGCGACCAGGUGCCGGCGAGCGGGGCAUGGAGCUGGACGACGCGGCGGGGGGGGCGGGGGUCGAGGCUCCCCUGGUGCCAGCAUCUCAGGUGGCGCGACCCCCCAGGCCCCCCCACCGCCCUCGUGUCCUUCCCCGGCUCUGGCAACACGUGGAUUCGCUACCUCCUGCAGCAGGUCACAGGAUACUACUCGGGAAGCGUGUACAAGGACUACGCCCUCAUGAAGAACGGGUUCCCGGCGGAGUCUGUGUCCAAUGGGUCCGUGGUGGUGGUAAAGACCCAUGAGUGGGGGCCGGAGAUGCGGAAGGCGUUCACCCGCGCCGUGCUCAUCAUCCGUGACCCCUACUUGGCCAUCCAGGCGGAAUUCAACAGGCAAAGUGGAGGACAUAUCGGGCACGCGCAGCCGGAUAAAUAUACGAGGGACCAUGGACGAUACUGGAGCAAAUUCGUGACCAACAAGGCCAUCUCGUGGAUGAACACGACGCUGGACUGGCUCAAGUUCGACGGGCCGCUCCACCUGGUUUUCUACGAGGACCUGCUGGACAACCUCCCCGAGGAGAUGAGGCGCAUCCUGGAGUUCCUGGACCUGGAGGUGUCCGAGAGCAACUUCGACUGCAUGAUGCGGCACCAGGACGGCAUCUACAAGCGGCGGAAGAGGCCCCUGAGCUUCGACCCCUACACGCCCAAGAUGCGGGCGCUGGUGGACCACUGCAAGGGCAUGGUCGACCGCGCCGUCAGGGAGGUCCUGGCCGGCGGAGACGUCAAGCUCGUGCUGAAGAACCUGAACUACACGAACGUCGGGACUGCGCAGAAGAAGACGCCCAGAUGAUGAUCGACGGGGCAGUACGACUGGAAGGAAAUGUGACGAUGACGGAGAGAGAAGCAGGAUGGGAUGAAGGGAAUUGGGGAAUAGGGUAAUUGCGGAUUAGGGAUUUAGGGGAAUUGGGGAUUAAGGGGAUUAAAAGGAUGUGAAUAUGCAGUUCGAGAAUCUGGCAAAAAAACGUGAAUUCUGUUCUGUCUCCAUCUAAAUUACAAUUUCGUAUGCUUUUCCUUUGUGUAAUCUGUAAAUUCAUGGAUUUGAUAUGCGUUACGUGGUAUAACGUAAGAUCAACGCAAUAAAAAAAGCCUGAUUAUGAAUAGGAUAGUCAUUUCUACUAAUUCGAGAUAUUAGAACAAUAGUUUUUACAUUUAGAUUAACAUGCCUGCACAUUUUCUAAAUCCUCGUAAAUUAGUUCUCUCCAAAGGGACGCAAUUUAGAAUGAGAAGAAAAUGCAUACUUAGAGAAAAUGUAGCGUCGAGGUGUUGCUCAGUAAGUUAAUUAGUGACAUGAUGUUCUUGAGACAUUUUCGUCUUUCGACUUCGUGACAUCAGUGGCGUGACCUCGUGGCCUAGGAAGUCAUAGCCAACUCAUGACAAUUUUUGUAUGUGUUCAGUAGCGAGGACUUCCAUGUGUGUAUAUAUGGAAAUAUAUAUGCAUACAUAUGUGUAUAUGUAUGCAUACAUUGAUACAUACACAUAUGCAUAUAGUAAUGUAUUAAUAGUCACAAUAAUAAUGAAACUUGUGCGAUCGAGCAUCUUACAAAAGCGGGGGAAGAAAUCAAAUAAAAGUUUUAUGAAAAUGUGAAACAACCCUAUAAAAGCAGGAAAACGGGAAAAUAAAUAAAUCAUAAAAAAAAUAUAACGAAUCAGAAUAAAAGAAAUUCUAAUAUAUAUCCCCCAUAAAUGAUAAUGAAAAUACCAAUUUCACUGACCAUUUUUGAACACUUUUGAUAAUAAAGAAUAAAAUGUUAGGCCUUAGAAUAUUUCAGUAGUAGGACACACACGUUUGUAGCAAAAGUGUGCAUUUGUACAUCAAAAUAGACCUGUGUAGAAUAAAUUUUAAAAUCGUGUAGAGAGAACCCGAGCACAAUAAAUUAACAUUAAGGAAAACGGCAUGAAUUGUAUAUGACUGGGAGUUGUGUGUAAAUGUGAGAGAAAUAAUAUAUUCACAUAUGAUUUUAAAAAAAGAAUAAUGUGGUUUUAUUUUGCUGUAUUUGCAUUUAGUCUUUUGUCUGUUCGUUUUUCUGGGUUCCUUUAUUUUUCGUUUUUAUUUCUCAUUGGCUGCAGUCAGGACAGGAUUUAGACUAAGCUAUUUUGAAGCUUGGAAUCUCUUGUGAAGUGUGAAAAUAAAGGUUUUCUAAAACUUGAAUAAGUUAAUAUCGUUUACUCAGCAGCAUAAGCAUAGGAAUGACUCAUGUGAAUGCAAUAUACAAUAGAUUCUGAGAGGCCAUCGAAAUGCUUAGACCCCUCGAAAUGUAAGGCUUUUGUUUUUUUAGCCAAUGUAUAAAUCCGGCCCUAACUGCAGCUGAACUGAUUUUGAUGAAGUCAGUCUAUCUCUUUUUAUUUCUUUUCUGAUAUAAAAUUAUCAGUGUAGCGUAUUCAUGCACUGAUAUAAAAAAAAAUGUGUAUAUAUAUUUAUUAAUCUACGCCUGUGAUGAUCUGUAGCCCCAGGUACAGAAUCGAAUUUGUAUUGUAAUAAUAUUCUUUUUUUCGUGCAUGUGUGCGUGUGUGUUUGUGCAUGCUUGUGUGUUGUCCGAAUGCAUUAUCAUUGUCUGUGUAUUUAAUGCGGACAAAUCAAGAUGCAAGCAACCCUAUCCUUACAUUUUUUUUUUCCAUAAUAAUAGUGAGAAUGAAGUAAGGAAAUAUUUUGACCAUUGUUAUCAAAGAAAAUGUGAUAUGGAUUGCUAAUCUUCACCUCCAACUUUCUUGUAUGGUUAUGAAUAUGUCAAAUAAAAGGGAAGACAUUAGAUAAAAAAACAA